AUGCGCGGCGGGAGGCGCCUGCGCCCUGGGGAAGAUGGCGGGGGCCCGGCCAUGAGGGAAGCGGGGCUUGAGGGCGGUUUAAAACAUGGCAGCAAGUGGAAGCUGAAGCUACAGAAGAAGAAGAGGAGUUUUUCAGCAGAAAACCUCAACCUGCCCCCGCCGCCCUCCCUCCUCUGCGCCGCCGCUGGUACCGACCUGGGCCGCCGCUUCGCCGAGCGCAAGCGCUGCGCCGACCCCGAGUGCAGCAUGUUGAUGUGCCGAGGGAAGGCCAGGCAGGAUUUUAAAGGCCCAGACUGUCGCUUUGUGAAUUUUAAGAAGGGAGAAGCGGUGUAUGUAUAUUACAAACUAAUAGGAAAAUCAACCGAGCUCUGGGCUGGAAGUGUUGGAAGUGAUUUUGGAUAUUUUCCGAAGGAUUUACUUGAAAUAAAUCAUAAUUAUUCCAGCGAGGAGCUAGAGUUACCAACAGAUGAAACAGACUUUGUUUGCUUUGAUGGCGGAAGGGAUGAUUUUGAUAAUUAUAAUGUGGAUGAACUUUUGAAGUCAUUACAAGAGACGAUAGCAAAUGAAGGGGAAACUGAAUCGAGUGAUCCAGGGACAAAAAGAGCGGAAGGAAUUGAAAGGGAUGUGGAGAUUGAAAAGGUCAAUACAGUAAAGUCCCUUGAUGCUUUGGAGACAGACAGUCUCGAGCUAAGCACAGCAGAAGACAAGGAAGACCUCGCCACGACAGAGGAAGUCGACAGUUCUGUUACAGAAGGAACUGAAAAUACUGGGGGAGACCCCAGUAUCUAUAGUCACAAAGAAAACUCUCAGGGAGAUCAAAUUGCACAUGAGCACUUGAAGGGAACGCUACAUGGGAAACUACAAGGGCUAGAAAGUGAAAAUACCAAAAACACUAGUAUUCCUCAGGGUGAAACCAGUCAACUUGACACAGAGAAUGAAGAAGUCAAUGCCUAUACGCUUUUAAACAGAGAGCUCUCUGUGAACUUGAAAACAAAAUUUGGCUCAACUGCUGAUGCUGUUGUAUCAGAUGAUGAAGUGACUCGCCUUGUUACAUCGCUGGAAGAUGAUUUUAAUGAAGAUUUGAGCAUUGAUGCUCAUGAUGCAGAGGAGGAGCCAGACUUUGCAGAUCAAUCUGAAGAAAUCCCUUUGCUGUCUUUUACAGCAGGGGAAGAAAUUGCAUCCCCAGCGGAUUUAGAAGAUGAUGAAAACGAUGACAUUGAGUCACAAAAUCAUGAACCUGAUGAAGAUGCAAAGGGUGCUACAGAGCUAAAUAACCAAAGAGACAAUGAGGAAGAACUCGAUUCAGAUGCAUUAAUUCUUAAGGAUGCCUUCAGUAAGAGCAAGAAGUUGGGUGACAGUGUUAGUGUGGACAGGUCCGAACCUAAGCAAACAAGAGAGAAACAGGAUGAGGUGAUGCUAAUUAGUAAAAGAGAAGCACCAGCAUCAACUCAACCUGAGGAUCUCGCCAAAGAACUCCUUAGGAAGGAACCUGUAGGUACAGGUGAUCAUGGUUCAAAAGAAAAAACAAACAAAACUGAGCAGUUUGAAGAGCAGCUCACAGUUGGUGGAACUGAGCCACAUACUGAAGAGCUGAAGAGUACAGCAGUGCCUGAUCCGCAUGUUUUGCCUAGUCCAGGGGAUGAUCUGGAGUCCAAAUCACUCGUUAAAAGCAAGCAAGAUGCUUUAAAACCACCUAUUGGUGAUAGCAAUAGAAGCCCAGAAAAAGUGCCGCUUGCUCAAAUAGAGAAAGAUGAGAAAAAGUUUGAGGAUGACAUCUUGGAAGAGGUCUUGGAAAGUGAUUUAAAGAACAAAAAGCAAUGGGAGAAAACAAAGGAGGAAGUAAGAGCUGAGAACAAGCCUUCUGUUGAUGUUCCAACCAAACCAGCGGAAGAGGUAAAAAAUGCAUCUCAAACUGACUUAGGAGAUACUGACAUCUUGAAAGAGAAAGUGGAGCAUGGAAUGCCUGCAGUGGAGAAAGAACUUAGAAGACAUGAAGAAGAUUUUAAACAAGCAGGUGACACCAAUCAUGAAAAUCAAAAAAACACCUCUUUUAACAAAGAACCUGAAAUAAAAGGGAAAAACAUGGAAGAAACCCCUGCAGGGAAGAGCGACCCAAGCCGUAGAGGAGCUGUUGAGCAACCUAGGCCAAGGGAAAAUGAGACUGAGUAUUCAGAGGCAGAUGUGAAAGAAGAGCUUUCAAGAAAUCUUGGCAAGAUGACAGUAUUUGAAGAAAGCAUUAAGAAAAGCUCUCCUGAAGAAAAAUCAAAAAGCAUUGCACAGAAUACUAAUACAGAGAAUCUUACUCAGCAAGGAACUGCUCGUACUGAGGCUGCAGAUUCAGAUGGAAAUCUUGGCACAAAUGUAGCUAAAGAAAGAACACCAAGACCAGAAUUGCAGUCUGAAGAGCCAGAUGAUCAAGACAACCGUGACCUGAAACAAGUAGAGGAAGAGCUGCUGGAAGAUGAGAACGCUGCAAGUGCAAAGCUGUCGCAAGCAAAGGCUGCAAAUGUACAGGGUGAUACGUUACAUGUUAAAAGUACAAACCCAGGAUUAGAAGUACCAAGCGAAGCUGUUUCAGCAACUGCAAAUCCUACUUACAAAACAGGAGAGGAAACAAACUGGUUUUCUAAGGAGGCUGGAAGACCAGUCAGCAUGCAAGAUGCGAGCAAGACUGGGAACAAAGAGGUGGACGUACCAGUGAGUGAAGAUGCUAAAUCAGAUGAGUUGGAACGUGUCAUGGAAGAGGAUGAUGAAGAAUCUUCUGAAGCUGAGAAACCAGCUGUGGAAGAGGAACCAGCUGUGGAAGAACAUAAUUUCCAACCUCCAGACACAGAAGAUGACAAUGACUUUAACCAAAGGAAAGAUCAUGUCCCAGAGGGUGUUUCAGAGAAAGACUCAAAGGAGCUGCAAAAUUUAGAGCAUACAAGAUACGACCACCAGCAACCUGCACAUCUCCCCAGCCCUGCUGACAGCUCAGAGGCCACAAAUGACACUGUAACAGACUUCAGUGAGUCUGUAAAGCGGCUCACAAUAAUAAGAGAUUUUCUUGAUGAAAAGCGUGUAAUACGGCUACAAAAGUACCUUGGGCUUGAACAUGUGGUUAGGAUAGAAGCCAUGUUUCACGACAUGAAGGUAGAGAUGGAGCUUGCUCAGAAGGCAAGCCAUAAUAAUGAAGAUAUAGAAAAAGCCUUGGACCAGAUACUUGAGUUUUCAGAAUCGAGCAUUAUGGAUGCGGUGGGAAAAGUUCUGGAUUCCAGAGUGGCAGAAAAUAAAGAGGAGGUGGUAAAAGAGAUGGAUUUGUACGAUGAGGAGAGCGCACUGAUGGAUGAUAUUCAAGAAUUAAUAUAUUCUUUAAGGAGUAAAUAUUCUUCUGCUAGUGAGAGUGUCCCACUUGCAUCUGUUCCAGAACAGGAAGAUGAUGAGCUGCACAUUCAAGAUGGUGUGAAAGAGGCUGAAUAUGAUGGAGUUUCCAUGAGAAACCCAAAUGCCUUCGAUGAGAGCAACCAGAAAUCUCAGCAGCUUGAAGAGGAGAGGCCAGAACAGCCUGUUGAGAAGGAAGAGGAGAGGGCUGCUAAUACUCCACCUGAGCAUGAAGAGGCCAACUUGUCAGAUAAUAGAGAAGCCGAAGAAGGGUAUGACAGUGGAAAAGGAUCGCUGCUGGAAGAUACUUCCUUUGGGUCAAUUGAUUCAGGACAGAACGCCAGGGAAGAUGUUGCUCCAGAAGCCGCGGCGGCCGGAGGCGGAGGCCGCCUCCCGGGGAGCCGUGGGCCAAGCGGCCCGGCAGCUGCUGCGGCUGGUGAGUGGCGGAGAUGGCGGCGGCGGCGCGGGGCGAUGACGCAGGCGGGCGCGCGGGGCGUGGCGUGGCGAGGAGAGGGGCGGGGGUGUCACUGCGGGCUGACGUGUGCCUGGAAGUUGGCUCGCGCCGCCAUGGACCCCGCGGGCGUCGGCGCGCGCCUGGCGCAGCCCCCGGCGCGGCGGCUGCUGCAGGUGCGCGAGGCUGAGGGGAGGGGGGAGCGGGAGGGUGGGGCCGGCGCCCGCCGGGGAUUCGCCCCGCUGCUGUCCCCGAGGGGCUUUCUCCUCGCCCCCCCGCCCUACCCAGCGAUGUGGGGCAGCCCCGUGGAAGCGGCGGCGGCGGUGUCUACCGGCCUCGACACCGGCAGGCAUGGCUGCCCGGCCUCUUGCCGCCCCCCGAGGAGAGGGGGCCUGCGGAAAGGCCAGCUCGCCCCGAGGUUGGGCUUUGCAGGGGGAAGCGUGUGCCCGCGUUUUAAUCUCACGCUGCCGCCGGCCGGGGCCGGGGAGAAGGCAGCAGUUUCUGGCUGGUUCCUACAGUUUAUAUUCCAAGCGCCAUGUCUCUAUCGGCCCUGUGAGCUCUACCAGUUGGUUGCUAUGCUGCCUGAGGAAAUUCGUCCUGGACCUGAUUUCCAUGGACUUCCAUGGGAGCCUAUUAUUAUCACUGCCUUAGUGGGAAUUGCCACGCUUGCAAUCUUUUUCUGGAGGACCUGCCUUUCAGUGAAGAGUAGAAUAUAUCAAGUGACUGAAAAGCAACUUGCUGAAAAGAUUAAAAACCUUCUGCAAGAAAAAACAGAAAUCUUAGAAAAGAUUUCAGAAUACGAUCAAAAGAUAAAGGAAGCAAAGGAAUCUGUGAAAGUGGCCCAAGAACAAAAAGACAUUCUCUCCGAUGAAACUGCAGGGCUUAAGGACACUCUCAAAGAACUGGAAGAAGAAAAUCGUCAGUUAGAUGACAAAGUAAAAAAUCUGCACACGAUGCUGGAAACGGAGAGAAAAAAGAAUGAGAAGAAACAGAACAAAAUCUCUGAAACGCAGAAAUCCUUGGAGAAACUUCAAGAGGCUAUCAGUGUGCAUUCUGUAGAGCUUUCGGAGGUGCAGAUAGCCCUUAAUGAAGCUAAAUUAAGUGAAGAAAAGGUGAAAUCCGAGCUUCAUCAUGUGCAGGAAGAGAACGCUAGGCUGAAAAAGAGCAAGGAACAACUGCUAAAAGAAGCUGAAGGUUGGAGUGAGAGACAUAGUGAGCUCAGUGAGCAGAUCAAACUGUAUCAGAAAUCUCAGAAGGACAUAGAAGAAGCACUUGCCUACAAGGAAAAUGAAAUCGAAGUUUUAACUAACUGCAUUAUGCAGCUGAAGCAGCUGGACAUGGAUUCGGUGUCUGAGGCCAAGAAGGAUGGUGAGGGGCGCGAGUGGGGCACGGGAGAGGAGCUGGCCAAUGGAGAGGUGCCAGAUAAUGAGAGUGAGAAGAUGAAGGCUCAGAUUAAGCAGAUGAUGGAUGUCUCCAGGGUAAAAACUAUGUUAUCCAUAGUUGAAGAAGACAGAAAUCUUCUGCAAUCCAAACUGAGCGAUGAAGUAACAGCAAGACAUGAGCUGGAAGAACAAAUCAAAAAAUUAGAACAUGACUCCUGUUCACUCCAGUCAGCCAAAGCUCAGCUGGAAAACGAAUGCAAGACACUGCAGCAGAAAGUGGAGAUUCUCGGUGAACUUUACCAGCAGAAGGAGAUGGCGCUCCAAAAAAAACUAACCCAGGAAGAAUAUGAGCGUCAGGAGAAGGAGCAGAAAUUGUCUGCUGCAGAUGAAAAAGCUGUGCUGGCCAUCGAGGAAGUCAAAGUUUACAAGCAAAGGAUCCAAGAUAUGGAAGAAGAAUUGCUAAAAACAGAGAGAUCUUACAAAAACCAGAUUGCUGCUCACGAGAAAAAGGCACACGACAACUGGCUCAUUGCCCGCUCUGCCGAGAGAGCUCUGGCUGAAGAGAAGAGAGAAGCAGCCAACCUGAGGCAGAAAUUAAUAGAAGUAAACCAAAAAAUCGUCAUGCUUCAAAGACCAUUGAUUGUAAAACCAACUCCGGGCAGACCCGAUCGCCAAGUCCCACCACGACGAGGGCCCUUAAGCAGAGAUGGCUCUUUUGGCCCAUCACCUGUGAGCGGAGGAAAUCCCUCACCCACACAGAUGAUAGAAGUUCCUGCCCGGCCCCUUUCUGCUCCUCGAAGGGAGGGCCCCAGAGGUGAAUUUGGUACAGUGGUAGAUGGGCCCCCUGCUCCACGAAGGCCACCAGAGUUGCCUGGAAGGAUGUCUGUUCCUGAUCUCGGGCCUGCUGUUGCGUCCCUGAUCGGUGGCGGGCCAAGGACCUCUUCCCCUUCCGCAGCAAUGGACGGAGUGCAACCCUCUCCCAAAGAGUCUGAGGCUCCCUGUGUAACUACUGAUUCACCCUCACCCGUUGAACCAGCUACAGGUAACGCUGGUCCCAAAGGCCCGCCCUCCUUCCCUGGGACGCCCAUCAUGACCUCCCCAGCCAUGGGACCUCCCCCUCCGCCGCCUGUUCGCUACGGACCACCACCGGCUCCUCUGCGGGGACACUUCGGGCCUCGACCUCUCCCUGUGCCCUUAGUCCGUGGUGCUCCCUUGCCUCCUCCGGCUCCCAGAGACUUCCUGCCCGGCCCGCCCUUAGGAAUGAGAGACCUUCCUCCUGGCCCCAUGCCACCUCCAGACCCGCGAGGCUACGGCCGUGGCCACCCUCCCUUCCCACCCCUGGGGCCUCCUGGCCCGAGGGAUUAUCCUCCUGGCCCACGGCUACCCCCGCCCGGCUCCAGAGACUAUACGCCUUCUCCUAACAGAGACUUGCCCCCAGCGGGACCCAGAGACCACCCGGCAGGGCCCCCGCCGCCCCCAAAGGACUACACACAGCCCCCGGCCCAGAAGCCCUGACUGCAGCCUCUGGUCAGCAGCAGCUCAGCGGAACGGACUCCAGCGCACUUCCUGCAGUCAGGAUUUUAGGAAAUGGGUUCUCUAUUCGAAGCCAUUUGUCUCAUUUCAGUAUAUUUCAAGCUUUUGCGGGAUUAAUUUUUAUCUGAUUGCUACAGACAUCAUAUGUGCAUUUAUGAUCACCUUAAACUCAUCCAUCCUCUUGGGCUGCAAGAACCUUUUUGUGAUGGACUUGAACCUACUCUAAACGUGCAAUAGAAAGGAAGUACCUGUGUGGCUAGUUUUAAUUAAAUGUAGCCUCUGUAACCAGUUGGUGAAUGAACUAAUUUCGUGAAAAAUGUAAAUCAAAUCAUUUCCUGUGGAAAUAAUUUUUAAGUAAAAUGCUAUCCUACCUGCCUUCUCCAUCACAUCAUUAAGCUGCAGUUAUUGUAGGCCCGGGGUUUACAUGAGGACUGUGAGGUGUUCUUUUUUUUUUAUUUUAAAAAAGAUGUCUGGUCAGAGAUCAGAAGCACAAAUGACACUGUAUUCAAAGGAGAGUUAUAAUAAAAAGCAAAAUUCCUUUUGCUAAACCCUGAA